AUGCCAAAUAUGGAAAAAACAGAGAAGAAAAAGAAGGCUACGAUGAGCACGCCAGCCCCAGCUCCAACGGCUAGCCCAAGUCAGAACUCCCCAUCCCCUUCACGCCAAUUAAAUGAAAAAGGCCUUUUGGGGCCUGGCCCACAAGCUUCUGCUGGACUCCUCUCUUUGGAUCCUUCAUCCUCUUAUGCACAAAGUGAGAUGCCCACCAAAACAAACAAAGCUUCCGGAAGCGGGCCAAGCCUAGAAGGAAUCAAGACCCGAACAGUUUACGGGCCGGAUGGAAAAUCAGUUACUAUUGUUGACGUCCCUUGCCCUGAGCCCCCUCCCCAGCGGAAAUUUGACCCUGAUGCACCCCUUUCCAGUCUGCGCAUCAAAAAGAAGAGGAACCCAUCUGGUCAAACCAAGCAGGGGAUCUCGGUGGCAACGACGACCAAGGCUUUGCAGAUUUGGUCACCCAAGAAAGACAAGAACAAUAAACCACGAGACAAACUUGUCUCUUUAACCCUCCAAGAAAUUGAAGCCUGGAGCUUGACUACGAGGAGCCAAUCAACGGCCCACGAAAAAGUCCCGACGGAGACCACCGCUCCGACCGGCGCUACGCGGAUGCCCAGCUCGGAUAGCAACACUCUAGCGAAGGAUCCCUGA